CAGCUUCCGAGUGUAACAAAUGGCAGGUUUCUUCAAUCUAGGUGAACGAGAAGAAGACAAAGAGGAGAACCUGAAUUUGUACAGAAGCCAGGAGAUGUGCAACAAAGGGUUCGAGAUAUGGCCAACGCAGCAUAAUAAUUCGUACCAACACCAAAACGUGAUCGCUCGAAGACCUACCGGCUUCAAUCUCUAUGACGAGUCGUCUUCCAGAGCUGUAGGGUUCACGGAUGUGAGAGAAGGAGGCAGCUGCUGCCAAGAUUGUGGAAACCAAGCUAAGAAAGACUGUUCCCAUUUGAGAUGCAGGACUUGUUGCAGAAGCCGAGGGUUUCACUGCCAAACUCACGUUAAGAGUACUUGGGUUCCUGCCGGUAAAAGGCGAGACCAGCAACAACAACAGCAGCAGUUUCGAGGAGAGAAUCAAGGGUUGGAACUGUUUCAGUUCCCUCCAGAAGUGAGCUCUCCAGCGGAUUUCCGUUGCGUGAAACUAAACGCCAUGGAAGAUAUAGAUGAUGACCAAUACGCUUACCAAACCGCUGUGAACAUCGGCGGGCAUGUAUUCAAGGGGAUUCUUUACGAUCAAGGCCCUGAAACUCGUGGCGGUGAAAGCUCUCAGGCUCAGCAACUCAAUCCUGAAACAAGAAUGCUUGAUCCUUUCAUUUCUGGCACGCAGUUCUUCCCACCAGAAAGUCCAUGAUUUACAGGCACGCAUGUAUGUACGUAUGU